ACGUUAGCUAAUUGGUUACAGAAAAUUUUCCCAAAUUCAACGAUUUUACAUCAAGAUGAUUAUUUCAAGAAAAGAGAACAACUUCCGAUUGAUCCGAUGACCAAUCUCGCAAAUGGAGAAUGUCCUGAGGCGAUAGAUUUUGAAUCUUUUAUUGGUUCACUUUAUGAAUUACAUACUUCUUUUGGUUUGGCAAAAACAUUUAAACCUAAAAAGAAUCAUCAUAUACAUCAUGAUAUUGAAUCCAAUGAAUUAAAUAAUUUAGCUAAAGAAUUAAAUUAUAAAGUUCAAAAUGUUUUAUCAGAGAAACAGAAAGAAUUGAAUUUUGUAUUGGUUGAUGGAUUUUUAUUGUAUAUAAAUUCUGAUGUUGUUAAAGAAUUAGAUAUUAAAUUAUUUUUAGAAGCUGAUUAUGAUAUACUUAAAAAGAGGAGAGAAUAUAUUUAUGGUAGGAAAAUUCUAGGUAGAAGAUGGGUUGAUCCACCAAAUUAUUUUGAUAAAAUGGUUUGGCCAAAUUAUUAUAAAAUUAAUAGACAUAUAAUAGAUAGACCGGAAUUGGAAGAAGAUAAUAAUAAUAAUGUUAAUGUUAAUGUUAAUAAUAAUGAGAAUAUGUUGAAAGAUUUAAUUAUAUUAGAAUCCAAUAGUCUUUCAAGAUUAUCAAGAAAUAUUGAAUUUGUUGUAAAAACCAUUUUGAACACUAUUCAAUAA